AUGGCAGUGCGACUUUCGAGCGAUAGUUGCACCAACUACGAGGAAUGGAUUGACGGUCGCGUUGACGGUGGACCUCCGGGACCUGUAUCGCUUUCGCGGACAUUGUCACGGACUGCGCCAGGUGUCCAGUCGUUUACAGCGCCGUCUACACCAGCGAGCUCGGUGUCCUACAAAGGUGGAAGGUCUACAUUUUAUCAACAACGUAUCGGAUGUGAAUUCUCACCGCUGGAUGUGUUCCCUCAUAAACGAGCGUAUAGUGGCGACUCGACGCAAGAAGUUGAAGCCUCCAUGUCUACUACUAUGCCGGAAUGUUCGGCUUCAACUUGUUCAUCGUCAUCGUAUCAAUCUUCUGGACCGCAGACGGAUGCAGGAUCGUUUCACCUAGCUCGAGUAGGACUGGAUGAUGAAUUUCAAUCGCCUACUGGUUGUGCUAAUUACAAAUGCAUCAAGGUGAAAAAUGGUGACCGUAUGAACGAAUUGAUAACCAGGGCACUGGAGAAGCACCUUAUAGAGAGUCCAGAAGACGAAUAUUGCCUUGUACAACUUCUUCCAAAUGGAGUCCACAAAAUACUCUAUAAUUUCAUAAUACUUGAUUUUAGAAAACGCAAAAAUGCAUCAAAUGGUGACGGAUCGUCACCGCAGGUUGGCCCUGCAACGAAAAAGCUCAACAAAAUGAAGAGGUCGAAUUUGUUAAGGUGGAGCAGUGGUUAUCUGUAA